CAUACAUCGCUUGUCGAAAUGCCUUCUCAAAAGUCUUUCAUUACCAAGGUCAAGCUUGGCAAGGCCAAGAAGCAAAACCGCCCCUUGCCUCACUGGUUCCGUCUUAAGUCUGACACCAAGAUUCGUUGGAACGCUAAGAGACGUAACUGGCGUCACACCAAGUUGAACAUCUAAGUUCACUUCACCAACUUUUUCAGCUCACCCUGUUUCUUUCUUUUGUAAAGUUAAUAAAAAAAGAAAAGAAACGUUUAGCGAUGACUUGUAUAUACGCAAGGUAGCCUGUCAACUUUUUUUUAUGAUUGUUAAAUAUAGCAUAAUUUGAUGUGACAUAAGGGGAAGUGUUUGUGUGUGAGGAGUUGAUCUAUGAUGUAUUCUCUUUAUAUCUGUCAAGGCACACAGACUUAACAGAGAGAGAGAGGGGGGGGGAGGUGAAAGAUCAUUCUGGGCACUUAUAAAU